AUGGGCUCUAAUGACAUUCCGCCUGCCUCUGUCCACUCAAGUUAUGUCCCCAUAACAAAUGGCCUCCUCCAAGUCGGCGGUACUCUCUGGACAAUAUGCUACGUCCUUCUAACCCGCGAAUCUUUCCGCUCUCGUUCCUACGGCAUGCCUAUCUUCGCCCUGGCCUUUAACUUCGCCUGGGAAAUUGUGUACGCAUUAUGGGUUGCUGAAGCCCCGCUCGAGAGAAUUGUCUUUGGAAUCUGGUGCAUUCUAGACUGCGGUAUGGUUUGGGGCGCUGCCAAGUACGGUUCCUAUGAGUGGAGACAUGCUCCCUUAAUUGGACGGAACCUGGGAAAGAUCAUUGUUGCCAUGGUGGUGUAUUGCGCGGUGGCCCAUUGGGCAUUUGCGAAAUGGUGGAUCGACAAUGAUAUUGGGCAGCGGGAGGGGAAAUAUUAUUUUGGGAGGGUAGGACCAGAUACGACCGAGCUGGGUUUUUGGACUGCGGCACUUGCUCAGGCUUACCUAUCAGCGGCGAGUCUGGGACAAUUGAUAAUUAGACAACAUACUGGGGGCGUGACUUGGGCUAUUUGGGCUUCUAGAACGGCAGGUUCGGUGAUUGGGCUGUAUGUGAAUUAUGGCUGGAUGUGGUACUUCUGGAGGGAAGCUCAUGAGUACUUCAUGUCGCCGUUCGGUCAGGAGAACAGAGAGAGUAUUGCUAGAUGGGAGCAGACUUGCUGGCCAGGAGGCCUCUAG